CUCCAAGUACAGACCUUAUAUCAAUAUACUCAUAGGGAUCAGACAAGAAUUGAUGGGCUUAUAGAAUUGUUUGAUUUGUACCAGAUUACCUACUGAUUCAUAAUGAUGGAUUUUUCUCCAAUUAAUAGUCAAAACCAACAAAAUGAAGAUUAUCAUCAACAAAUCGCUUUUCCAUCGAGGACUGAUCCACAUACAUAUGCAAUUAACACCACACCAAGAAUAAGUGCUAUAAAAACAACUAAGCAAAUACAUCCUUUUAAUUAUCUUUUCCAACCAGUGGAUCCUCCGCAAUUUUCCUCUCACAAUAAUCAUGGAAUUUGCGUUAAAGUCAUUGAGUAUGUUUUGGAAAUUGAAAAGAGAAGACUCACUGACCAAGCUUCUAAAAAUACACAUGAUGGUGCUAAUGUCUCUGAACAUUCUUCUAUAAACUAUGAUACUGUUACUAUGAACAAUCAAGUCCAUAUUCCCACUGAUCUUAAUAUACAAGAUACACCCACAUCAAAAUCAUCCAUAGUAAUAACUCAUAAUGGAGUAAACAAAAAAUGUAUUCCAAGUGUACCAACGAGUGAACUUACACCCUUCAAUCAAAUUAUGUAUGAAAAGUCUAUAGAAUUACACAAUUUAAGUAAAAUUAAGAAAUCAGUGGCAUCAACUUUUAACACUGAACAAAAUGGGUUUCCUCAAAUGUCAAAUUCAACCGGUGAACAAUAUUUCUCCAGUUUUGCAAGAUAUAUACCCAAAACACCUGAUAUACAACUAAUAUCAAGCCCAAUUCGCUAUGAAUAUCGAGAAGAAACCAAAAAUGUUCAUCGUCCUUAUUAUGAUACACCACUGCUCCCUUCAUUUCAACUAACAAAUGAAAUCGAAAGUCUUCAAUUAAUAAUAAAUAAUACUGCAAAGUCAAAAUCACAUGUAAGUGUUAACUAA